AUGGGAUAUGAGAGUCCUCCGGCGGCGCGCUGCCGCCAUGUCACCUAGGGAGAAACAUUUAGCGCUUCUUUCUGUCCUAGGCGUAGUUAGUCUUGCUCUCUAUUAUAGUCCCACUUUUCUCUACGCGACCUUAAUUCUUGCAGUUUGUUGUAUUGUGUGUUACUAUAACAGCGGAGAACCGCUUCCCGCCAGGUUAGGCCUAAAUCCGCGGGCUGGCCUGAACGUUCCAGCCGCGCUCCGGUCCUGGUUGUGGGAUUGGUGGGUGACCGACGUGUCGGUGACCGCACGGGGUAGAGCGAAGAGUAGCAGCAACAAAGCCGGACUUCGGGAGUCUGAGGGACACUUUAGACCAAGACCUGCUGAUACUGGGAUUUAUCGGAGGGACGCUUUGGCUACUGACUCGUUUCUUUUCAGCCCUCGGGAUUUCCUCAUGGGGAGUUACAUCGGGAAACCUGAAAGCCCAACCGCUGACUUUGGGAGGCCGAGAGCUGGGAGAAACCCCCGGGAGCAGCUGCGGGAAAAACUGUCCAGACCCAACCAUGCUGUCUAUACCCCAAACAGGAGGCUGUCAUUUGCUGGGGAGCCAGUGGGAACAGCGGGGAGGUUCACGAUCACCCCCCAGCGUCACUACCCCCUGCAGCAGCCGGGUGUCUCCUCGGUGGGAGUCCUGCCUCCUGUCAAAUGGGACGGCUUCAGGAAGAAAAGCAUCCUCAGCCCUCGAAACUCCCCGGCUGCCCUCAGUCCAGUCACUGUGAAGAUUGCCAGGCCUGACCACAACUCCCCAAGUUUGGACCAUCUGAGUUGUGCAGGGCUCCCCAAGGCUCCUGCUGACCCUUGCUCCAGAGAAAGUGUCCUCAAGGUGUUGAAGGAAAGCCGCAAGAGAGAGGUGCAGGAUGAGGACAGAAGCUUAACGACUGAACAGAAAAGCAAAAGAAGGCGUAACGACAGCGGUGGAAGUGCACACUCUGCUUUUGAGCCUCUUUUGCCCAAUGGAACACCGUCACAACUGGUCCCCAAGCCAGGAAGCCUGAAAAGAGGGAUGACGUCUGUGGCGGAAGAAUCCAUCAUGAAGAGGUCUCGUACCUCGUCCAUCAGCUCUGGUAGUGGAGUCCAUGCCCCUAGAGGAACCCCAGGAACCAGGAGAAACCCUAUUCACAGCUCCUACAGCUCUUCACUAGGCCUCAGCCAGUGGAAGAAACCGUCAGCGCCCAGCUCUCCUCUGUCGAGCCCUGUAUCUUCUCGCUCUCAGACACCAGAGGGAGCCUCGAAAAGACCUAGAGAGGACGACGGACUGUCUCCUAGCUCUGCAUCCUCAGUGAGAUCAGACCAGAUAGCCUCCGACAAGGCACCUGUUACUUCCAAACUGACUCCAGUCCCCAAGAUCCCAGUCACUACCUCAAAAGAAUCUACUGGUAGUGGUGGGAAGAGAAAACGGAAGAUCCAGCUGGUGUCUAGCCACCCGGAUAACCACAUCUCUCUGCCUCCGCCUCCAGAGCUGGGCUACACCAUCACUGCGAAAGACCUAGACGAAGAGAAAAGGGCUGCCAUCAGCAAGAUCCAGAAGGUCCUGGAGACACCCGCUCCAGAGCUGGAGAAGUCUGUCUCUCCCCCAGCCUCAACUUCCACCCAGCCCGCCUUGUCAACCACCUCUGCCCCCACCACCACCACCACCCUGAGUAGCCUUCUGGCAGCUCCUCUGCCGACAGCCUCCAGCUCUGCCAUCCCAGUCAUCAACCUGGAUCCAAGCCCAGGCAGCAGUGUCAGCACAGCAUCUGCAGCCCCUAAUCCGCUGCUGGAGGCUCUGAAAAUGAAGAGCAGCAGCAGUCCUGCUAGCUCCACAUCUGCUGCCAGCACAACUACAGUGUCUGCAGUAACCGCACUGGUGCAACCCAGUGGCUUAAGCCUGAAGACAUCGUCUACAGUGGAUGCCCCACAGCUCCCUCCUGCCUCCCAGUCUCAGGCCUCCUCUUCUAGUGUGGAGCAGCCCUCUGCCUUUACUCAGGUGCUGGGCCAGGUCUCCAAGCCUCCCAGUAGCACCGCGUCUGCAGCAGGCCUGUUUGGUCUGACCAGCCAGACCAGCACCCCCACUGCUUUUUCUGCGUCUAACCCGAUCACUGCUACUACUGCUCCAGCCAGCAGCUCAGAGUCACUCAGUAACACCAACCCUCUGCUGGCUUCAGGGUUCAAGCCCAUCUUCUCUGUCACCACCACGUCCUCCUCAGCUGUACCACCCCUAGAGAGCAAACCUGCUGUCCAAAACUUCAAGCCCAUCUUUGGAAGUACCACAGCCGCAGCAGUUGGCGGCUUUGUGCAGCCUCCAUCCCUCACAACCAUCAACCCAUCAUCUACAGUUUCCUCAACUAGUACAUCCUCAUUGUUUGCUGCGUCAACAAGCAGCACCACAGUUGCACCAUCAGUUUUCACUGGCUUGACCAACACCCCCACUGGAACAGCCUCCACCAGCUCCAUCACCACCACGCAGCCCGCAGCCCAGUCAGCAGUAAAAUCCCUUUUCGGAAACUGGUCUACGCCAUCAACGACAAGUACGAGCUCAGCCCCAGCGCAAGCCUCUGCUGCAGCGGGCACAUUUCAGUUUGGAGCUGCUACCACCACCGCUGCAGCUGCAGCUCCCCUCACCGCUCCUACCACAACCUCCAGCAACGGCACCUUCACCUUUGGUGCUACACAGCCGGACGCUCAAGCUGCCAGCCAGAAGGCAUUCCCCUUUGGCCAGGCACCACCCGGCCAGAACACAACCACUGCUUCAUUUGGAGUUUUUGCCAUGGCCAACACAGCCUCCACCACUGCUCCCCCCACCACCCAGUCCACGUUCAAUUUUGGAAAGCCGACGUUUGAAGCGCCAGCAACGCAGUCGACCUUCAGCUCCACAGCAGCACCGCCAAAACCGUUCACCUUUGGAGGUGGUGGAGUAACAUCCACACCUGCCUCUAACCCUGCCCCGGCCCCUUUCAAUUUUGGGGCACCUGCUUCCACCACAGCAUCCAGCUUUGGGACCCCAGCUAAACCAAAAUUUGGAGCUGGCUCGACUGGUUUUAGUUUUGGUGGCACCACUGCUCCCUCGGCUGUUCCCUCAGCUGCUCCCUUAGCUCCUCCGAGCUUCGGUGCAGCAACCCAGACUCAGAGCUCCUCUUCAGCCUCUUUCGCGUUUGGCAGUGCUGCUCCUCAGCAAGCUCCCCCCGGCCCUGCUCAGCCAGCAUCCACUGGAUUUAACUUUGGUGGUGGCAUGCCACGUCCCCAGUUUGGAACACCAGUCUCCAAUAAUCCUGCACCACAGAUGGGAGGCUUCAACUUUGGGGCUGCUGCUACUGACAAACCAGCUUUUGGGACAUCUACACCAUCCUUCGGCCAGAGUGCUGCUGGUCCAAUUCCCUUUGGAAGUCCUGGAACUCCCCAAGGCUUCAAUGCUGUUCCUUUUGGGUCUCCAGCGACUCCCUCCUUCUCUAUCGGGGCUGGAUCGAAGCCAUCUGGAGCACGGCAGAGGCUGCAGGCGCGGAGGCAACACAACAGGAAGAAGUAACCUGCUACUCGCGUCCUACAAACCUUUCAGAGGACUUAAGCUGUUGCUGCAAUGGCUAAUCUGGGUAACAUUGCUCUGUUCUAAGCCCAACAUCCCCAAACCAGGCUGCCACCAUGCCCUCUGCUUCCUUCCCUCCUCCAUUGGAUUGUGCUGGCCCGAAACAUUGUGUUUGCAGAGGAGUUGGAAAGAGCGCACCAGCUUGCUGAGUUCAUGCUGCCUGGAUGACUACAUGACCCAGCGAGGGAAUGUAGCGAUGAGGAGAUAGGAUCCAUAACAAUGUACUAUACUUGAAGAGAGAAAAGACGAUUGAAUAGUUUGAUUCUGAACAAAAGCAUAUCCAAAGUUCUCUUUUCCUUUACAGUACAUGGACACUCCCAUUGGUUCGUCUUAAAGAGAAAGUUGAGUCAGGCAAAGACAUGGAGCCUCGGCUCAAACAUUUAUUUUUUUACAUGAAGUGCUUGUUGGUUUGUAUGUUACCGAAGAUUUGAGUACAUUCUCUUAAUGAAUCUAAAUAGAGCGAAAUGUGUGUGAAAUGUGUUGAUUCAGAUGAGGACACAUGCUCAAGGUACACAACGCUGCAGUGUAAAUGUAAAGUUAUGAGACGUUUGCAUUUUAAAUUAUUUUUUUAAUUGGCUCUCUGACCCUGUAAAUGAAUGAUGUGUUUCUGCACUUAAAGGGCAACUUAGUAAAUGUCUCUGAUUGUUACUGUAGUUAGUGCAGACCCUUGUGUUCUUGUUUCAUACUCUGUGAUUGCAAGCAUUCCCAAAGUCCUCGUAUGGACGGCCUUUUUUUGUUUUUUUUCUUCCUUUUUUUUUUUAAAUAGUGAUUGCCAACACUGAUGUAAUUAGCAGGUCAGUAUAUGAUUAGGAUGAUUACUCUUGACUUGUUCUGACAAACCAAAGCCAAUUCCUCAACUUCAUGCCUGUGAAAAUAAUCUGUGACCUUUUAUUUCAUCUUUAAAUCCUGAGAUGUGUUUGUUUGUGCCAGACUACCUCUCUUUACUCCCAGGCACUGAAUCCUUGUUAAUUCACUGAGUAAUAUCAAAUCUAAUAGGAUUGAUGAUAAGUCAGGCUUUUGUUCAUAAGGUUUUCUCUUUCAACUACUGUUAAUGCAGAUGUAUCUUAAUAAAUAGUGAGUUUUAAACAUCUACACAGCAACACAUUUUCCAUUUUCCCACCUUUGAAGCAUCACUGUUAGAGUAGACAACAGCACAUUAAUGUAACAUCAGAUUUAGUAAAAAUAGGAAGCCCUUAUCUGCUUGGUAAUUACAGAAAAUCUCACUAUGAUGCAGGGAUUUUUGUAAUCAUAAUUGCACAAUGAAUUGUGGAGUUUUGUUAAGCAAACAUGGCGGUAAAUCUAUUGAUGUCAUCACUCAAAGGUAUUUUAUCAAAAGUUUUUCUGUUCUCAGUAAGAAUCACUUCUUGUGAAAAGUGAGCAGUGUCUGAUGCAGUUUUUUUUUUCCCGAUUAGUUAACUUUGAAUUAAUAAAAACUGAAUUUGGAUGUGGAUGUUCCAACAAGAACACAUGAACACUUUAA